AUUAACACAGCUGUGGAGCUGAGCCGCUCAUAAGGCGCUGCCACCGGAGUCCUGGCCGCAGAGCAGCGCUCCAAACCCCGCAGCAGCCGCACGGAGACCCGGGGCGACACCCGGAGCCACACCCGCACCCAGAGCCAGACCCGGAGUUAGACCCGGAGUUAGACCCGGACCCGGAGUUAGACCCAGACCCAGACCCGGAGUUAGACCCGGAGUUAGACUCGGACCCGGAAUUAGAUCCAGACUCGGACCCGGAGUUAGACCCGGACCCAGACCCGGACCCAGAGCCAGACCCGGAGUUAGACCCGGACCCGGAGUCAGACCAAGACCCGGACCCGGAGUUAGAUCCAGACCCGGAGCCAGACCCGGAGCCAGACCCUGGGCGAGACCCGGAGCGCAUACUGAUCACCAGCCCGUGUCAGCUCUCUCUCUCUGGACAGACACUAAAAGCAGGCACGUGGUGUAAGGUGAGACAUCCCCAGCCCCGUGCACCAACCAGUCUCACCCCAGCAGUGGACUGGCCAGUAUGUGUUGCAGUCUGGCUACUUCAGUCUUACUUGAGGAGUUUCUGAGCACCCUGCAGUGAAUGGAGAACAUAUUGGACCUGCUCCCCAAGCAUCGAGAGGAACACGGCCUCUGCAGACACACGGCUGCAUUUGCCUUUUUCCUGUUGUCUUCAACCCUCAGUCUCUGUUAGCCUCUUUAAUGGGAUAAAUCAGUUGCACUGGACGGGUUCAAAACCAGACCACACGGCCAGUUCUAUUUUCAUUUGCCAAAACCAUUAAGCCAAGGUACAUUGACCCCGAUCUUGUCAAAUCCACUGUCUACUAAAGGCUUCCGCAUGGUACUUUGGUCGAAAGAACAAGACAAACUCCCCGACAGCAUCAGCAUGUCCUCAGGGGCCAUUGAGAUGAAGAAAGAGGGAGGACCCCUCCCCCCGGCCUUCCUAAAUUCAAACUGCUCUGUCCACCCGGUGAUCCUCACCAACGGCCCUGGAGAGGUGAGCCCGGGGACUGGGGGGGAGCUGGAGCUCACCGAGGUGACACCGUUCCCAGAGAGGGUCAAUGAGACCGGAGACGACGAGGAGAGGUCAGAGAUUGUGGCAGUGAUGGAUUGUCGGGCCAAUGCCAAAGGUCAGCGAGAAGAGGAUGCUCUCCUGGAGAAUGCAAGCCAGUGCAACGAGAGCGACGACACCAGCACGGACCGGAGCCCGGAGCCACCGGCACCUCUCAAGGAGACCUCCUUCUCCAUCGGCCUGCAGGUGGUGGUCCCUUUCCUGCUGGCCGGGUUUGGGACAGUGGCAGCGGGAAUGGUUCUUGAUAUCGUCCAGCACUGGACGGUGUUCACGGAGGUGUCCGAGGUUUUCAUCCUGGUUCCUGCGCUGCUGGGGCUCAAGGGAAACCUGGAGAUGACGCUGGCCUCCAGACUCUCCACCGCGGCAAAUAUUGGCCAGAUGGACACGGCCAAGGAUAUGUGGAAGAUGAUUAUGGGGAACUUGGCUCUAAUCCAGGUCCAGGCCACCGUGGUGGGCUUCCUGGCCUCCAUCGCUGCAGUGAUCUUUGACUGGAUCCCGGAGGGUCACUUCAGGCUGGGCAACGCCGUGCUGCUCUGUGCCUCCAGCGUGGCCACCGCUUUCAUCGCCUCUCUGCUCCUCGGACUCAUUAUGAUUGGCGUGAUUGUGGUAUCCAGAAAAGUUGGCAUCAACCCAGACAACGUGGCCACCCCCAUCGCGGCGAGCCUGGGAGACCUGAUCACCCUGUCCCUGCUGGCCGGCAUCUCCACGGGACUCUACAAGGAACUAGAACACAACGACUACGCCAACCCGCUGGUGUGUGCCGUGUUCGUGGCGCUGUGCCCCCUGUGGGUGCUGAUCGCCCGGAAGAUCCCGUCCACCAGGGAGGUCUUGUACUCCGGCUGGGAGCCCGUCAUCAUCGCCAUGGCCAUCAGCAGUGUCGGAGGUUUGAUCCUGGACAAGACGGUCACCAACCCAAACUUUGCCGGCAUGGCCGUCUUCACUCCAGUCAUCAACGGUGUGGGGGGUAACCUGGUGGCGGUCCAGGCCAGCCGGAUCUCCACCUACCUCCACAUGAACGGUCUGCCCAUCGGAGACCCCAACCUGCCCCCCAGGAAAUGCCCCACACCCUGCACUUCCUUCUUCGGCUCCACGGUGAACUCUCGUUCGGCCCGUGUGCUCUUCCUCCUGGUUGCCCCCGGCCACCUGGUGUUUCUCUACACCAUCAACUCUCUGAGGGGGGGCCACACCACUCUGACCCCCGUCUUCAUCACCUUCUACCUGGCAGCUGCACUCCUGCAGGUGGUGAUCCUGCUCUACCUGGCCGACUGGCUGGUCCACUGGAUGUGGGGCCGGGGCAUGGACCCCGACAACUUCUCCAUCCCGUACCUGACCGCUCUGGGGGACCUGCUGGGCACCGGCUUCCUCGCCCUCUGCUUCCACAUGCGCUGGUUCACCGGGGACACAGACUCCAGUCUGGGCGGCUGAAGACUCGCAGACAUUCACAAAAAAAUAGGACAAAAGACAAAAACACAUACUGUAAGGUUGCAUGGAUGGACGGUGUUGUACUCCAGCGGGAGGAAGGCCCGAGCACCAGCUGGACAUGUUUCAGCGCUGCUGAUCUCCUGCAGGGCUUUGGGGGAGAUCUUUCAUGUGGAAUGGAAUCACCUGGAUAUAAUCAGAAUGUUGUCGGCCUGUUAACGCAGCAGCAGAAAGCCUGACUGCAUCUGUCCAUCAGGACAGAAGGAUUUCUCUGACCAUGCAACAAACUCCAGCCCUGCAGACUUCACCUCCCGUCUUUCUGUCCGACUUCAACGCUGAGUCUUCCCACUCUCCUUCUUAUUAUUGAAAAUGAUUUUUAUUUUUGGUAAAUCAUGCAUUUGAUAUGAAUCAAUCUGUCCUAUAUCCAUGGCAAGUCCUCAUUAUUUUCAAUGGGGACAUUAGCCCUUCUGUUUUUAAACACCAACGUCAAAAGGGAAAAAAAUACCCAAACAAGCCUAGAAUGUUUAAUCACCAAGUGCUAUACCAUAUACAGAAUGAGUUUCAUAUGAAGUCUAAUAUCAUUCAUGUUUUAAUAGAAUUUAAUUUGUUUCUUUGUUUGUCUUGUUUGUAGUAGGAAACAAGGUUUAGGUUUUACUCCAAGGAACUGGACCUGGAAUUGUUUUGGCACCUCUUUUAUGGUUUCAUUUGACGAGGAACAUCAAGUUCAAGGGUGUAAUUCCUACACUUGUUUUCUCACGUUUAUGGGAUUGAGAAUAAGAAAUAUUAGACUCAAAGUCAGUUCACAAAAAAAAGCAGUUUUUAACGGCCUCCUUACCUUCUGUUGAUGAGGACGGUGUACGCAUUCAGACCCUCCAAGUUCUCACACAACUCCAGUCGUUGAUUCAAUCCAGCACAGUCUGUGGUUACGACUGAGAGAAGAUGGAAGCAAACACACACGACCUUUGCUAAAGAGCAUGUGUUUGAUUGUCAGUUAGAGUGAUGUCACUGCACCCGGCAGAUCUCAGUACAUUCAAGUCCACACCAACAAAUAAAGCACUUCCAUCGAGCCAAAUCAGCACACACUGAUUGAAUUCACUUGUUUAUGGAAGAGAGGGAAAUCUUAAAAAACUCCUUAGGUAAUGGCAAAGUGUGUGUCAGUGCUAACUUUUGAGGGGAUGUAAAAGCCAACCCUUUUGCUUUUCAUUUUUCCUUUUUGAGCCAUUUUAACACCUGGUAUUAACUGAUUUUUAGGUGGAUUCCGUCUUGUUUUUUUUCCCUUCAUAAUGAUAUCAGUGUCAGUUAUUAUUGUUAAUAGUGAUCUCUCUAAUCAUGAAGGAACCUGAAUUGUAUAUUAAUGGAUGAUAAUGUUCACUUAAGGGGUAAAAUGUUCCUAUCUUUUGAACACCAGCAUAUUUCACCUCUCACCCCCCACACGUACUCCAUCCUCCAUCAGCUCGGCUCUCUGUCUUCACCUUACAGGUGAGGAGGAGGAUGGAAAGGGAUGUGGUGAGAUGUUUUUGUACACUAUACCAAGUACAAAUAUUGGCCCGGGGAAAAAAAACUGCAUCUGCCACUUGUGUUUGUCAGACGGGGCCAGCAGGAUGCAUGUGCAGGGCACACAGUGUGAAUAUGCAAAAUGUGAUUAUUGAAACUGUUAGAAAAUCUUUUGUUCCGGUCUUAAAGAGUAUAAAAUGUCACCUGUAUUACAAAUUUAAUGUUUUUAUAUUGCUUUCUAAUCUUUUUUUUUGUUUGUUCACUUUUCAAGAUUAUUUUACUUUAAGCAAACUGCUGUAAACAUGAAGCAAUUGUCCUCUUUGUCAAAUGCAACAUAGUACUGUAGAACUUGGCAGCCUCUGUCCACGAGAUUCCACAUGACGCGUCCACUUGGGAUCCAAACGAAUCCUUCCUGGCGAGUCUUCAGCUCGUUGUAAAGUUUGCAUUUUCCCAUCUGUUCCUGUUCAGUCUGUACCUUUUACAUUUUUGCCAACCAGGUGCCAGCGUUUCUGCCUCGAGAUCAAUGGAAAGUUGUGAAUACUUCUAUAAAGUGGCAAGUAAUGCUAUGUCUAUUUAUUUUAGAAGCACACAAAGCAAAUUGUACAUACUAUAUUUAUUCUAUAUAUGAGGUUGUUUAUUGUGUCAUUUUGGCUCAGUCUGUUUGUCACCAUCGUGUUGUACGUUUUAUUUUUUUUAUUUUCUUUGCAAAGGGGCAGGUGAGCUUUUUUUUUUUUGCACUCGCAGUGAGUGUGUUUUUUUUUUUUGAAUGCACACAACCUCAUACCAGUCUUUACACUUAAAUGCUGAUAUUCCUUUUGUAAAACGGGGUAAACAUAUGUCUGAGACAUAAGAUGGCCUUAACCUUUCAGAGCCAAGCUCGACUAAGAGUAACCAAUCGGGAUUUAGAUUUGCCACACAGUAGUUUCUAUUAGCUUUGGUUAUUAAAAGAUACAGUUUGAUGAUUACUAUGUGUAAUGUAAUAAUGACUAUAGGAUGUGGCAGCGGAGAGCAUCAGUUUUUGUUGAUAUGAUGCCCUUUCAGCAGAUUGAUUUUGUCUGGAAUCGAAAAGCAGAAGUCAUCUGCAUCUCAAAGACCAGACCAGCCGUGAAGGAAAAAACAAAACUCUGAACCUUGUCCUGACCUUUUCAACUUGUCACCCAACUACUGUAUUGUUAACCUAAGCGCUUUGAGCCCUCAAACCCCUGAACUUGCAGGGAAUCAUGCUGACCCUCGUAACAAGAUCCACACGUUCACUCUGGGUGUCCACCUGAAAGAAAGCCGAUGUACACGUAUGCAUACGUAUGAGGUGUUGCUGGGUCUGAAAUCUGCGCAUUUGUCUUGAAAAAGCUGUCCCUGUGCGAGGCAGGAGGAAGGCUUUCUUUCUGCAGAACUUUGUAAUUUGCUGGAAAUAAAUGACUAUAUUAUUUCAUACAAA